GCCGGCACCGCCUUCCCACACUCCGGCUUUUAGCUCGGCUGCGGUGUUUCCUUUUUUUCUCUCCUUCUCUGCCUCUUCUCAUCCUUUCUCGUUCUUCGGCUCUGCAGUGUGACGAGGCCGAAUUCUCUCCCCAACCCAGUCCUCGCCAUUCUUCUUUUACCCGCGUUGUUCUAUUUCUCCCUUCGGCCGCCGCCGCCACUGCUGCACAGCUGGUGUCGGUGCCGCGCUUUUUCCCCCACGUCGUCCCCGCAGCCUAUGGCCCAGGCCGCCUUGGGUAUUUCUGCUCAAGGUAACCACAUCCCUCUUUAAAAAUUCCGCCGAAAAAGAGAAGACGCUUUACCCGACUCUUUGGGCCGUUAUCUCACGGCGAACUUUCUGACCAAGUAUACAACUACCCAGAGGGCCUAGGAGAAGUGCUGUAUAGAGAGCAGUUCGACUUCAACGCUGAGCCACCUUGGGAACCUAGCUGAUGAUAGGGGGGUUCCAUCUCCUAACUUGUCCAUGGAGGUCUUCACUUCAGAAAUCCAAGACUCAUAUUCAUCCAGCUUGGUGUCAAGUGGGCUGUUGCUGCCAGAAUUAUCUUGUGAUUAUUUGAGAGAUGUAUCAGUUUCUUCUGAAGUACAAUCAACUAUAGAAGCCUUUGUAGCAGGUUUACAUCACUCCUGAUAAAACAACCUUUAGAGAAGGUCUAGGCUACAGUUUUACUUCAUAAAUAUUUGUUGCAUAUUCUAAGGACCCAGACAUAAGGCUUGGUGGCCCGUCUUCUUGUUUUUCCUGGUUUAUGACUUUCGGCUUUGUGGAAUACGGCUGAGAUGAAAGGAUUUCUUGACGAUGCAAACUACUCCGUUGGCCUGUUGGAUGAAGGAACAAACCUUGGAAAUGUUAUUGAUAACUAUGUUUAUGAACAUACCCUGACGGGGAAAAAUGCAUUUUUUGUGGGAGAUCUUGGAAAGAUUGUGAAGAAACACAGUCAGUGGCAGAACAUAGUGGCUCAGAUCAAGCCAUUCUACACAGUAAAGUGCAACUCCACUCCAGCUGUACUUGAGAUUUUGGCAGCUCUUGGAACUGGAUUUGCUUGCUCCAGUAAAACUGAAAUGGCUUUAGUGCAAGAAUUGGGUGUGUCUCCCGAAAACAUCAUUUAUAUAAGUCCUUGCAAGCAAGUGUCUCAAAUAAAGUACGCAGCAAAGAUUGGAGUGAAUAUCAUGACAUGUGACAAUGAAGUUGAGUUGAAGAAAAUCGCACGUAAUCACCCAAAUGCCAAGGUCUUACUACAUAUUGCAACAGAAGAUAAUAUUGGAGGCGAAGAGGGUAACAUGAAGUUUGGCACUACCCUGAAGAACUGUAGGCAUCUCUUGGAAUGUGCUAAGGAACUUGAUGUCCAAAUUAUUGGUGUUAAAUUUCAUGUUUCAAGUGCUUGCAAAGAAUCUCAAGUAUAUGUACAUGCUCUGUCUGAUGCUCGAUGUGUGUUUGACAUGGCUGGAGAAUUUGGCUUCACGAUGAACAUGUUAGAUAUUGGCGGAGGCUUCACAGGAACUGAAUUUCAGUUGGAAGAGGUUAAUCAUGUUAUCAGCCCUUUGUUGGAUGUCUACUUUCCUGAAGGAUCUGGCAUUAAGAUAAUCUCAGAACCUGGAAGCUACUAUGUGUCUUCUGCAUUUACACUUGCAGUUAAUAUCAUUGCAAAGAAAGUUGUUGAGAAUGAUAAAUUUUCCUCUGGAGUAGAAAAAACCGGAAGUGAUGAACCAGCCUUCAUGUAUUAUAUGAAUGAUGGUGUUUAUGGUUCUUUUGCAAGUAAACUGUCUGAGGACUUAAAUACCAUUCCAGAGGUUCACAAGAAAUACAAGGAAGAUGAGCCUCUGUUUACAAGCAGCCUUUGGGGUCCAUCCUGUGAUGAGCUUGAUCAAAUUGUGGAAAGCUGUCUUCUUCCUGAGCUGAAUGUGGGAGAUUGGCUUAUCUUUGAUAACAUGGGAGCAGAUUCUCUUCAUGAACCAUCUGCUUUUAAUGAUUUUCAGAGGCCAGCUAUUUACUACAUGAUGUCAUUUAGUGAUUGGUAUGAGAUGCAAGAUGCUGGAAUUACUUCAGACACAAUGAUGAAGAACUUCUUCUUUGUGCCUUCUUGCAUUCAGCUGAGCCAAGAAGAUGGCUUUUCUUCUGAAGCUUAAACAGGCGUUAAUGCUUCUUUAGAUCUGAAGUUGCAGGUUAAGCUUGUCUGGUCUACAUUCCAUGUGAAACAAAUUCAAACAAUCUUACUCUGUUAAUUCUCUUGGAAACAAAAUCUAUUAGUAAUAGCUAUUUGGGACCAGACAAAAUCAGCUCUCAUCUAUAAUUCAUUGGGGGGUAAUUGGGAGAUUUAGAUAAUGUAUCCAGAUUUAAACUUAUCAGUUUGUCCUACCCCUUAAGCAUUUAAAAUAAAAUAUGCAACAAAAUGGAUGACUUAGUGGAGAUGGAAGCCCAUUAAUUGGGUUCCCCAUUAAAUCGUUUACAUACAAGUACACAGUUUUUAUACUAAGGAUUCAUGUUAAAAAGUCUUGUAAAGUUAAAUGUCUUUCACCCAGAUAUAUCAAAUGUCAGUGGAAGACCAGUGUGACUUCAUUAGAUAUGUUUAGUGUAUUUAGAAUGUGUAAAUUUGUGCUUUGAACUGUAGUUUAAUAAAUGUAAAAUUGCAUCAUAGUAUUUGUUGUAUUUGACCUAAUGUAACCCUUGUAUGAUUGCAAUAAAAUUUUGUGUAGAUUUUACUGUUUUUUCAGGCUAAAACUUUGGGAAAGGGGCUAGCUAGCAAAGGUAGUUUUGAAAUAGAUGUGUAUAUGGACUGUUUUGAAGGGUUUUUCCCCCCCUUUAUAGCCCAUUUAAGUUUAGUUUGGCUCAGUACAUUUUUUUCAGUUAUUUAAAUAGUAAUUUAAGUAAAAUGUUUGGUAAAUCAUUGUGAAGUUCAGAUUCAUUAUGGAGAGUUGAUGUGCAGUAAGCAUGAUGUUUAACAAUUUUAACACCAAAAAUGUUAAUUCUGCAUAAAUCAAUUGUAAUAAUUAAUAGGUGUUUCUGUAUAGAUAGAAUGCAUAGAAUGAAUACCUUAGUAAAUCUUUGAAUUACAAAUCUUUUGGCUGAAAUGGAAGAUUCUAUUAAAUACUUUGAAUAAACCUGUGGGGGGAGGGAAAUAAAAUCGCAGAAAACUCUGCAGCGCACUAAAACAUAAAGAAGGGCUACAUCUAUAUCCAGAAAACUGAUGCUCUUUUGCACGGAAUAUUAUUUAAAUUCAGAGUUGUAAGGGGUGGGGUGAAGCACACCUGUUCUCAAUUUCUUAAUUGCAGUGAUUUCAGACUUUAGUAGGAGUUUGUUUUGUUUUAGUUACGCUUAGUUUCUUGUUUCCCCUUUGUUCAGCUUAGUAAUUUUAAUUCUUUUCAUACUAAAAUUUUGUGACUGGGGAAAGGGAGUUAGUGUUACUGACCUGACGGUUGUCGCCAGGAAUUUGCGUUGUUCACUGCUAGUGUAUUAGUAAUCCUAGAUCUCAGAAUCACAAUAGUAAUAAAAUAAACAACAGGGGUCAUUUUUUCCUAACUUACUCUAUGUUCAGAUGUGGAAUUUCUGUCUCCCAAGAGGAAAUGUGACUUCACUUUGGUGCCAAUGGACAGAAAAUUCUACCUGUGCUACAUAGGAGAAGUUUUGGAAUGCACUUAAUAGCUGGUUUUUACACCUUGAUUUCAAGGUGGAAAGUAAUUGAUCAUGAAUCUCUAAUAAAUUUCAAUCUAAACCAGUAGGUGCUUAAUAUUUUUUGAUUUGAUUGAUGCCCAUUUGAAUUUCAUGGGUUCUAAUAAUUAAAUUUAAGACCCUAAUCCAUUGUCAUCUAUAAUUACCCUUGGACUUUACCAAGGUAUAAUAUGGGGUUUUAUGCAAAGUUACAAGCUACAUGGAACUUUUUUAAACCGUAAUAAAGAGGAGGAAUUAUUCCCAGCCUUCUUUACAUGUUGUGUUUCGUGGUCCAGACAUGGCAGACCUUUUAGAAGAUGGUACGACGUUGAGUCCUUGGCUGGACUAUACAGCUUUGGGCUUCGUGGCAUGUCAGCUCUGCCGUAUUCAUAGGAGAGUUGUUCUGUGUCUAACAGCUCAGAGUUGCAAAUUUCACAUGUGAAUGAGAUGGUAACCUUAAGAAAUGUCUGUAUUGUAUUUGAAGACUGUUCACAUAAAUCUGAAGUUUGAACUUAUGUAUUUCAAUUUGGUAUGCUAAAAAGUACUGAAUUAAUGUAAUCCUUUUUUUUUAUAAUAUUGUAAUCUCAGUUCAGAAUUUAACUGAAAAUAUAAAACCCGAAUGAUUUCUAUAUAGUAAAUUGAACUGUAAAGGUAAUUUGUGUGUGAUUCUGAAUACACAAGAUAAAAUCUU